AUGACUGCGGAGGAAAGCCGUACAGGUAGUUGCGGAUCCAUGGGAGACGACGAUCUUUUUGAGGAAUCCCUUCUUCAAGUCAAGAAUUGGUCAGGAAUGGGCUGCGAAUCCCCUUCUCCUCAGGUAAAAACCUGCUCGUGUUUCUGUGUCGAGUUUCCUGUUUGAUCUGUGCCGCCUCCGCUGAAGACACGUCUCGUCGUUCUUGUUUUAUUAUCCAUUCAUCCCGUUAAUUCGAUAAUUUGGGUUCCAUAAAUCUGAGCCUUUUUUCUGGACUAAAAGGGACUGGGCCAGCUGCAGUCAUUUUCGAUUUGAUGGGCGCUCUUUGGUUUUAUGAAGUCCCAAAUAUCCUCUAGACAAAGGACGGGGCUUCUUGAGUGUUUUUGAUCUCGAGAUCCGGCCCGAUCAUGGGUCGGAUCAUAACUUUAUUUGCCAAAAUCAUCCAUAAUUUAUUUGGAUUGGAUCUGUGCGGAUAUAAAUCCGACCUUUGUUGACAUACCGAAGGGCUUUAAUCCCGAAAAGACGCGCAGUUCUGUUUAAAUCAGGCCCGGCCAUAAUUCUUUUUAAUCUUCUCUUCCAAUUCUUAUGGUUCAAAUUGAAAGACUUUUAUUUCUGAAAAUAAAGGUUCUGAUUUCAGCGUCGACAACUCAGUUUUAACGAGAUGCCAAUACAACAUGACAAACAUUUGAGGUAAGCCAUAAUUUUUUUAUGACAGUUACAGUCAUCAUUAUUGUUCAAUGUUUUUUGCAGAAGCAUGAAGGAGUUGCUGACCACAAUGGACAACCAGGCUGACCCCAAUACCCAUGUGGAGUUCAAGGAGAAGACUCACAUUUUGUGUUCCCGGUUUCUGGGUGGGGCUUGGAAGACAGUAUCCCUUGAUAAUCUGAAGAUUGUCAGAGUAAAGUAAGAACUCGUACAUUUCAAAAUUGACUGACACUAUGCAGAGGUGGGAUGAGUAACAUGCUGUUCCUGUGUCGCCUGAGUGAGAACCAUCCUCCUCUACGGAACGAGCCAGAUAAGGUUCUGCUCCGAGUUUACUUUAACCCCGAAACAGAGAGCCAUUUAGUGGCGGAGAGUGUUAUAUUCACGCUUCUUUCCGAGCGACAUCUGGGUCCCAAACUUUAUGGUAUCUUCAGUGGAGGCCGCUUAGAGGAAUAUAUCCCUGUAAGUGGAUCUUGAUGCUUAAAUCAAUUUUUUAACAACGGCCUUCUUACAAGUUCAUGAUUAUAGUCCCGCCCUCUCACUGUGGAUGAGAUCUCAGCGCCAUCGAUAUCCAUGAAGAUCGCCCGCAGAAUCGCCAGGGUCCAUCAGUUGGAAGUGCCAAUUUGGAAAGAGCCCGAUUAUAUCUGCGAUGCUUUGGAACGGUAGGAGCGAUGUCAUCGUUCGCUAUAACUGGGUUAUUUUAGAUGGUUUACUCAACUGAAGCGAGUGACCACACCGGAUCAAGUGUUUGAAAUGCCCGAAAAGGGAUGGGAAUGGACUCCGAAGAAAUUGACCUGCGAUGAUUUGUGGUUGGAGAUCGAAGCAUUACGGUAAGAGUCAAAAACGUUUUUUGACUCUCUUUCAGUCCAUUAAUUGCGAAGAGUAAAAGUCCUGUAGCAUUCUGUCACAACGAUCUCCAGGAAGGUAACAUUCUCCUUCCGAAGGCCAGUUCAGGGAAUAUUCGCAUGCCAUCAGUUUCCGAGGACACGAAACCCUCCAAUUCUUUGACCGCAUUCAAUCCCACCGAUCCUCGUCUAGUCCUUAUUGAUUUUGAAUAUGCCGCUUACAACUACAGGUACUUGUCUAAAUGUAUAACACUCACCAAUUUGCUUUCAGAGCAUUUGAUUUUGCGUCGCAUUUUGUGGAGUACACCAUAAAAUACGACGUUGAGGAUCACCCGAAUUACGAGUUCAUGCCAGAAAGAUUCCCAACCAAGGAGCAUAUGUUCGAGUUUAUGUCAUCAUACAUCCGAGAACUCCAACCGAAUGCCAGUGAUGCUGUUGUCCGAUCUCAAGCCGAGAAUAUGGUGAAAGAGACGAUCCCUUUCAUCGCUGUAUCCCAUCUUUUCUGGGGUGUCUGGGGCCUUCUUCAAGUCGAGUUGUCUCCAGUCGGUUUCGGAUUUGCCGAGUAUGGCCGGGACCGUCUCAGCCUCUACUAUAAGAACAAGGAUCUCCUCAAAAAGUUUGCAGAAUAA